AAAUGGCAUCGGUUUACCUUUGAUAAAUGUCCUGUGUGCCGCCGCUGCAUCUGCAUCGUUUCGCUAAUAGAAUCCCAUUAACAGUGAUCAUGGUUCGCAGCGAAUGGCCAGCCGCUAAAUGUUGUUACGCUACGGACUCUCCUCCGGGGGACACGGACCCAUGUGUAAAGGUGGUCAAAAAGGUGGUGACCACACAGCCACAAUUCCACUCGCUAACGACGAUUUUGGGCCUGGGAAAGUACGUCACACGGUGUUGCACGACAGCAAAACUUCCUGUUUCUCUGUUGGCCGCUUCGAAAAUGGAAUGGCGCAGAACCUGUCGAACCUCUCUGUGUGGAGUAGUGUAAACUGUGUGCGUGUGUGUGUGUGUGUGGCCUUCUCCGGUAUUUGCGGAAGAAAAACUCUUACUUUCCGUCUUAAGGCGCGUACCGGACGGCUGGGCUCCCGACCAGGAUUACCCAUCGCGAGAGACGCUAAUUGAACAAUGGAGGAUGUACGUUGUCAUACGAUCGACGCAUUACCCCGUGUAAUCGCGGAUAAUGCUUCUAAUUACAAUAUGCAAUGGGCAUCAAAACCACCCAGAAGGGUGCUGUCUGUUGCGUCUAGUGUGGGCAUUUGUGGGCUCAGAAAAAGAGUCCAUAGCAAGCGGGAGAGCGAGAGACCAGCAAGUGUGGCUGGGUAACUUUCUCCAUUCGGCACUAAAAGGGGGCUUCGGUCGGUCGUUGAGAGAAAAAGGGCCAAACACGGACAGGGAGUGAUAAAUUAAUGCGAACAUCCCACCCCGAAGUAAGUGUAAGACGUGGAGAGAGAGAGAGAGAAAGGCACAGAGAAAGGCACAUUCCGUGUUGGGCGUUGAUUGGGGGAUGUUGGAAGAGUGUGCCUCCGAAGAUAUUUACCAACUUGCUGCUGGCCACUAAACGGGGAGCAAAAAUACAUGCGCGAGCGUUCGAGCAACCACCCUUGAGCUGGAGGAUCGCCCAUCGCCCAUCGCCAAGGGUUGAAGCUAUUGGUGGUAGCCCAGCCACCAGUAGUCGCGUAGCGUCAUCCGAAACCACCAGCACACACAGAGAGCGCGAGCCUCCCCGAGCGAGGAGGCGCAUUUUGUGUUCCAGCCGAAAGCUCCGAAACCUUAUAUUCUUGCACACCGCAUAACAACACCCGCUUAUCGACGGAGAACACGCUUGUUUCGCCCGCACUCAGCCCGCUUGCGCAGAAAACCCCAGGGUGCGCCAAGUGCGGCACUGUAUCCACCGCGCGUAGGGCUCGCAGUGUUGUUUUUUUGCGAACUCGCGCGCGCGAAGAAACUCUUUGCUCCGGCUCCAGUGCCGGAAAAAUGGAAUGGAGUGAAACGAGUUUUUCAAUCAUUAUGUACAACCGCAACAAGUAGCAAACAGAUCGAACGCGGAACGCAAAAGGAAGCAAGUGAGGGUGUGAGUGCGCGAGGGGGGAGUGAGAGGGGAAAAUAAAACUCCAACGAAACUUGACGGCAAAACCGAUUCGCCGGAAUAGCGGGAAUCUGGGUGGUGAUCAUCCGCUGUACCAUCCGGGGACGACGAGCCCCGCGACCUGGUCCGGCGAUCGGUGCGCGGACCUGGAGGGAGGUUGCUGGUACGGCAAGCAAAAGUGAGAAAGUGUACGAAAACCAACCAACCAACCACUCCAACUCGACGCUUUAAUCGAAAAGCAAACCCAGACCCUGUGUGACACGAUUUAAAGUGAAACUUUAAAUUAACUUCCUCUCGCCCGAAUUGCUCUCGCUCGAUCUCCCUUGUUGCGGUCUGCCUGCUGUGUUGUGUAGUGCCAGGGCACGGUUUGCGAAAACAAGCGAUUCGCGAAUUCCAGUGUUCAACUCGGCCACCCGAAAAAAAGGCAAAUAACAAAGCCAAAGCCAGGCAGGCAGGCACUACUAUAUGAGGCUUAUGCGCGCUACCUGUUACGAAGUAAGCAGUAGACCGAUCGUGUAAGUGAACAAAGUGAAGAAAAAAAAAACGAGAGUAUCCAAAAGAGACGCUAGCCAGCGAAAGAGUGCGCAGAUUGAUGUGGAAACAAAUUUGGUGCACCUCCGGUGUGUGUGUGUGUUGUGCGCCCCCCAGCGAGAGGAUAGUGUCAGUGCAUCAAAAAACAAGACCGGAUAAAUAAAACGAAAAAUACCAGUGGCAAGCCUCCUCCUCCUCCUCCUCCUCCCCAAGAAAGGCAGAAGGCACCAAAAAACCCGGUAGAAAAUCGGCGUUUCGAUUAAUCCAUCCAUCGGUCUGGGAAUCAGUCUGUAGCAGCAGCAGCAGCAUCAUGUACCGACCGAAUUUCUACGAAUCAACGUGCCUCCGGUGCAGCGAAAUCGUUUAUCAGGUGGAUAGGGUGGGUCCGCUGAAAGAUUUUACUUUCUUCCACUCCGGAUGCUUCAAGUGCAAACGGUGCGGAACCAAGCUGACGCUCAAGACCUACUACAACAACCAGCACAAUCAGGAUGAUAAAGAGGUUUACUGCUGUUCACAUGUACCAAAAAGUGGUCCUGGCCAUUUCGAUCAAACAUCGGUAGGCAUCCGGCAAGCGCUGAACGUGCCGAAAAGCACCAACUACGUGAACGAGCAAAUCCGGGGUCAUCGGAACGACAGCAUCGAUGGGCAACCCCGGCUAGGGACACCAAAUGGGUACAAUAACGGUGGCCGGGAAGGCAAUACGCCACCGCAGAAUGAUCCCGAUUACAAGUACGGGCGGUUUGAUGCGAGUGCGUUGCACAUAGCGCACGCGCUGAAGCAGACAGAAAUCCAGAAAGCGUACGAUAAGCCACGCGAAAAGCCGAUCGAUUACUAUUUGGCACGGGAUGAGCAAGCAAAACUAGAAAUGAAACAUCGAAAGGAGGAAGAUGAUCUGUACAGAAAGUUCGCCCGCAAACGCGAGGAGGAAGAUCGACGGAUGCAAAGUGAAAUACAGGAUGAAUGGGAGCGGGAGCUGCAGCGGUUAGCACACAAAUUUGAGAAGGAACUCACCACCAGCAGACGAUCGCGCGAGGACCAGAACAUACUGACCCUCAAGCACGAGCAGCAGAAGGAAGAUUUGGAAAAGAAUAUGACCAUCCGGAAGACGAAGAAGAAGGAAAGCCUCACGCGCAAGCUGCUCGAACACGAACGCUCCGAAACGGCGGCCCUGGUCGAUCGGCAGUCGAGCGAAAUGCUGGAGCUCAUCAGCGUCCGGCGUAGCGAGUACAUGCAGAGCGAAAGCAUAUUCCUGGACGACGAUAUUAGUGAAACGGUCGUGGCGAUGGAGUAUCCGCUGGUGGCACCGAAACCGGCACCACCCGCCCUGAGCAAAUUCCAGGUGUACAACGAUCCGGUCGAGUUCCAGGACGUGGAUCAGAUCGCUAUCACCGUCGCGCAGGAGGAUCAGAAAACGUUCACCGAUCUGGUGCGGCAGCUGGUGGGCCGUUGUACUUCGGACAUUGAGAAGGCGCGCACCAUAUUCCGGUGGAUUACGGUGAAGAACCUGAACACGAUGACGUUCGACGAUAAUCUGCGUGGUGACACACCGAUGGGACUGCUGCGGGGCAUUAAGUAUGGCACGGAAAGCUACCACGUGCUGUUUAAGCGCUUGUGCAGCUACGCUGGAUUGCACUGCGUGGUGAUUAAGGGAUACUCCAAGAGCGCCGGCUACCAACCGGGUGUGAAGUUCCAAGAUUCCAGUCAUCCGAAAAAUUCCAGAUUCCGCAACUCGUGGAAUGCCGUGUACGUGGCAGGUGCGUGGCGCUUUGUGCAGUGCAACUGGGGCGCCCGGCAUUUGGUGAACGCGAAGGAAGCGCCCAAGACGGGCAAGGGCAAAAACGAUAGCCUGCGGUACGAGUACGACGAUCACUACUUCUUGACCGAUCCGCGCGAGUUCAUCUACGAGUUCUUCCCGCUACAAGAGGAGUGGCAACUACUGAAACGACCGAUCACGCUGACGGAAUUUGAAAACCUGCCGUUCGUGCGAUCGCUGUUCUUCCGCUACGGGUUACACUUUGCCGACGAUGGUUACGGGGCCGUUGUAUACACGGACGAUACGGGUGCGGCCACCGUGCGGAUAGCGAUGCCGUCCGAUAUGCAAGGAUGCUUGAUAUUCCACUACAACCUUAAGUUCUACGACAGCGAUGAGGAUGCCUUUGACGGUGUGUCGCUCAAGCGGUUCGUAAUGCAGUCCGUCAUCAGCAAUGUGGUAGCGUUCCGGGUGCAUGCACCAUGCUCCGGUGCGUUCCUGCUCGACAUUUUUGCCAACGCUGUUACGCCCCAGGAGUACCUAACUGGGGAACCGAUGAAGUUCAAAAGUGUGUGCAAAUUUAAGAUUUGUUGCGAAGAGCUGCAGACCGUUAUGGUGCCCUUGCCAGACUGUGCCAGCGGUGAAUGGGGCCCAACGAAAGCGACCAGACUGUUCGGUCUUAUACCGAUUACUCACCCGGAACCACUCAUCUUUGCCGGACGAUCGAUCGAACUACAAUUCCGCAUGUCGAGACCACUUACGGACUUUAUGGCAACACUGCACAAAAACGGUAUCGAAGAAAAGAAGCUUUCGAAAUAUGUUCAACAAACGGUCAUUGAUGAUAUGAUUACGUUCAACAUCAGCUUCCCAGAGGAAGGCCAGUACGGGCUCGAUAUUUACACCCGGGAGGUUGGAUCGGUAUCGCACAACAAUAAUUCCUCCACCGAAAAGCAUCUACUCACGCACUGCUGCAAAUAUCUGAUCAACUCAUCUAAGCGGAACUAAGGUUGGAAACGGAAAGACGCCUGCGACGAUACUAACCAUUAGCUUUUUGGGGACAUUACCAUUCACCAUUGUUUAAUGCUAGGAUGCUAGAGUCCGCUUUAUUCUUAACGCUGAAAGAGUCUUGCACUGUACAUAUCGACCUAAGGUCACAAUUCUCCUCGUAACGAUCCUUUAACCUCCCGGAGUCACCGACAAAGCGCUAUCAAAAAACCGAACGUUAUAACUAAAUGUUGUAUGUUUACCUCUAAAAACAAAAACCGCCCUAAUGUGUACUUUUAGUUUAAUUGUGUUUUCUUUUAAAUAAUAAACUUGUUACAAAUUUAUCCUA